AUGAAGUCUGCUUUUUGCCUCCUAUCUCUCUUGGUGUCCCAGGCCACGGCCGGAACCAUCCUCUGGAACGGUUUCUUCAACUCAUCAUUCACAGUUGCUGACUUUGACAAAUGGUCUUGGUCAAACCAGAUCGCCCCAUGGCAAUGGUACAUCCACGGAAGCGGAGCGACCUCUACAUACCUUGGUGUCUCACCCAACUUCAAGAACCCCGCUGAUACUACUGAUGCUCAGGGUCUCAGGACGACCAUCGACGGAACCGCAUUCUGGAACGGUCAGACCAUGGAACGCACUGAGGUUAUCCCCCAGACCAGCGCUAACCUCGGAACUGGUCACCUCUACUAUCACUUCUCCCUCUCCACCUCCUCGACAAACGCUCCUAACCCUGGAUUCGAACACCAGAUUGCAUUCUUCGAGAGCCACUUCACCGAGCUCAAAUUCGGUUUAAUUUCGGGUGAACAAGGUACCUCCGACCCCCUCCUGCGCUGGGACAUCGGCGGAGUCUCGCAGUGGACCACCACCCUCACCCCCAACACCUGGUACAACUUCGCCUACGAUGUCGACUUCUCCUCCAGCACCGUCGGCCUCUGGUUCUCCACCGGCUCGUCCCCACUCACCCAGGUCGUCGCGAACAAGGCCGCGAGCCCGUCGACCAACUCGGCCGACUGGCACAUCGGUGUCCUCCGCCUGCCCAACGGCGGCACCAACUCGGCGCCUGAGGACUGGUUCUGGUCCGGCAUCUUUGUCGAGCAGGCGCCCAUCACGACGAGCAUUGCAGGGCCUCUUGCUGGAAGCGCGCCGUCUGGAAGCUCUACCGUCGCACCAUCGUCGAGCACAACCACCAAGCCUUCGACCACCUCCGCCCCCGCGUCCACCACCAGUACCACUGCUGGCCCCACUCAGACCCAAUGGGGUCAGUGUGGAGGCAACGGAUACACCGGCCCAACCGUCUGCGCCAGCCCAUUCAAGUGUGUUCCUGUCUCUCCCCCUUACUACUCCCAGUGCCAGUAA